AUGUCACUGACACGAGACACACUGGCGGAGCUGCCUGCGCCGUUUAAACGUAAGCUGCUGACGCUCAUCUUUGCCGUGCGGCAAGAUGGUGCCCGGCUGUUAGGCAUGAAGAAACGAGGCUUUGGCGCUGGUCGCUACAACGGCUUUGGUGGUAAGGUAGAACCAGGAGAGGAGAUUGACGUUGGGGCAGUGCGGGAAUUGCAUGAGGAGUCUUUGCUGCUGACAGAACCGCAACACCUUCGACGGGUGGGCCGGCUCUUCUUUGAGUUUCAAGAUGACACAACCAUACUGGACGUGCACAUCUUUGACACUCGCAUCUGGCAAGGCGAAGCUGCUGAGACUGAAGAGAUGCGGCCACAGUGGUUUAACGAAGAGGAUGUCCCCUUUGACAUGAUGUGGCCCGACGAUCGCUACUGGUUCCCUCUCAUGCGCCAAGGCAAAUACUUUACGGGCUAUUUCUACUUCAAAGAUCAAUCCACCUUCUCACACCACAAACUGGUUGAGGGCCGUGCUGAAUUUGCGGAUCUCCGCUGA